CAGACUACCUUCGCUUAUAUUCGAGUCUAGAGCUCAAAAGCUAUCCCGUGCUUUCUACCUACAAUCUGAGGAGAAAAUACGUCGUAACUUCACAAUGGCCACGAGAAGGACGCUGCUGCUAUGCGUCAACGACAUCCGGGCAAGGUCAUGCUCCAACGUCAACACCUUUCUUCCCCGCAAAUCCCUGGCCCGCCAAUCAAAUGCCAGAUCUUGGGUCUCGAGACAACCAACUCCACGAUUUUUCUCGUCGGCACGUCCCAAGUGGCAGGAAGCAGCUUCAAGCCAGGAAAGCGACGGACAGCCUGUCAUUGACCGUACGAGGUCGAAACUUUUCAAAGAUGCCGACGAGGCUGUCGCAGACUUGAAGUCGGGAUCAACCAUCCUCAGUGCUGGUUUCGGACUUUGUGGUACAGCUGAAACCAUCAUUGAAGCGAUUCGAAAACGUGGAGUCGAUUCCCUUAACAACCUCACCGCCGUUUCGAACAACGCUGGAGCUUCAGGCGACGGUGGUCUGUCGCCUCUGACCAAAACCGGGCAGAUCACCCGCUGCAUUCUAUCUUACCUUGGAAGCAACAAGCCCCUCGAAAAGAAGUAUCUGACCGGCAAAAUCGCCAUCGAACUAUGUCCCCAGGGAACGUUGGCCGAGCGUAUCCGUGCCGGUGGAUCAGGCAUCCCUGCCUUUUACACGCCGACUGGAGUUCACACACUGAUCCAGACAGGCGAGAUCCCGACACGUAUGGGCGAGGCUGACCCAACAACCAAGAAGUCCACCGUGCUGGAAGGCGGCAAGCCGCGCGAGACCAGGAUCUUCAAUGGCCGCACAUACGUCAUGGAGACAGCCCUGACAGGCGACGUAGCUAUCAUUCGCGCUCACAAGGUCGAUGAAGCGGGUAAUUGUCAAUUUCGAUACACGACCAAAGCUUUCGGCCCUAUAAUGGCCAAAGCCGCGCGCCUCACCAUCGUCGAGGCCGAGAACAUCGUACCCCUCGGAUCCAUCGACCCCAACGACGUGCACCUCCCGGGCAUCUUCGUCGAUCGUAUCGUCCCAGCAACAGUCGACAAAAAACUCGAAAUCAAAAAGACUCGCCCUAGCGACAACGACAGCGGAUACGAGAGCGAGGCGUCAACGUCAUCAGCAUCAUCAGAGAAGAGCGACGCGAUGGUCCGUCGCGACCGCAUCGCUAAGCGUGCCUCAAAAGAGCUCAAGCAAGGCAUGUACGUCAACUUGGGUGUCGGGAUGCCCACGCUCGCGCCGUCCUUCUUGCCCGACGACGUCAAGGUGUGGAUCCAGUCUGAAAACGGCAUCUUGGGCAUGGGUGCAUACCCGACCGAGGAGGAAGUUGAUCCGGAUAUCAUCAACGCCGGAAAAGAGACUGUUACACUUGUCCCCGGUGCGUCGACGUUUGAUUCUUCGGAAUCGUUCGGCAUGAUCCGCGGCGGACAUGUUGACGUCUCCAUCCUGGGGGCGUUGCAGGUUAGUGCUGCGGGCGAUUUGGCGAAUUAUAUGAUCCCUGGAAAAGUGUUCAAGGGAAUGGGCGGCGCUAUGGAUUUGGUGUCGAACCCGGAUCAGACCAAAAUUGUGGUCACGACUGAUCAUGUGGAUAAGUAUGGGAAGAGUAAGAUUGUGGAGACUUGCUCGUUGCCUUUGACGGGGGCGAGGGUCGUGAGUACCAUUAUCACGGAUUUGUGUGUGUUCCAGGUCGAUCGGACGAAGGGUACGUUGACGUUGACGGAGCUUGCGGAUGGGGUUAGUGUGGAUGAGAUUAAGGAGAAGACGGAUGCGAAUUUUGCGGUGAGUGAGGACUUGAAGAGUAUGGAGUAGGUGGUGUACCAGACUGGUGCAUGUGGGUGUGCGUCUAGCGUUGCUGGGAUAUAUGAGGACAUAGAGUAGAGGAUCAGGUGGCUUGUACAGAGAGGUGCUACAGC